AACACACACGUGCACGCUCUGAAGGAAUGCCCAAAACCCAUAUCCUUCAGCUUCGCAACCUGUCAGAAUACCAGUACCAGGCGAACCGAGCAGGUCGCAGCCAGCGACCACAAUGGCUAGCAAGAACAGCCCUCCGGUGUCUCCAAUCAGGCCCGAGGAGUCGGCCACAACACGCGAGGAGAUGAGCUUCGACGACGAACAAGAGACGGGCACCGUGUCUCCACAGGGACAUGAGACUCCCACUAAAGGUCCUGCCAAAGCUCUCUCGCCUCGUCCCCGUGUCUCAUUCCAGGAUGGGCAUGAAGAGAUCCCACCCACGAAACCACCGCGGCCGCUCAGUACCACCCAACAGGCCGAGAAUACGCUGAUCGAGGCAUUUCCUACCAUCGACGCCAAGGUUGUCAAGGCCGUCUUGACAGCGAGUGGCGGCAAGAUCGAGCCUGCUUUCAACGCCCUCCUUAGCAUGUCGGAUGAGAAUUUCCAACCUGAGGAAGACUCAGCCGCUCCACCUCCGCAGCCACCCCGAUCUGCGGUUCGUCAGCGACCAGAAAUGAGUCAACUCGAGGCCGAUGAGCUAUAUGCGCGACAAUUGGCGGAGGAAUAUAACAGUGGAGGAAACCGCUCGCAGACUCGCUACAAUCAGCGUGAGCCUGGGCGCCGAGGUCCGAACCAGCAACGGCCAUACCAAGACGACGAUGACGAUCGCGAGCGCAGCUUUUUUGACGACGAAUUGCCGGAGAUAGGACGUAACAUUCAGCAGGGCUUCCUGGAAACCCAGAAACGAGUCAACAGCUGGAUCACAACCUUCAAGAAGAAGAUUGAUGGCGAAGAAGAUGACCCUGAGGAUUUGUACUCUUCAUCGCGGACAAACACGAGGCAGAAUACUGGUCUCGGUGGCAGGCAAGAUUUUGGCCCGAGUCAAAGCGAGCAAUUGCGUGGUAUCAGAAAGUCUGCGGAGCAACAACGCAGAAGUACAGAUGCGCAGCGCUAUGAUGCAGACCCGCGGGAGUUUGACGCAGGAGAGUUCGAACGCCUCGAGAUGCGCGAUGAUGAAGCUCCACCUCCCCAGCCCCCUCGAACGAGCAGCAGGAAAGCAGCGAAUCCGGAUCUUUUCAAGUCGCAGCCGAAGCCUCCUCAAACAGGGCCAGUCGAUGAGGUCGACGCGGCCGAUAGGAAGGCCAUGGGCAAAGAUGCAACAGAGGCAGAUAAGAGUAAGAAGUGGCAGCCUUUAACGAGCGUCGCUCCGAACCCCGAGGACGACAAUGAUCCGUUCUCCCUUGGCGACGAUGAUGAAGACAAGGACAAGACGGAAGACAUUCGGAAGGAAGAUACAGAGAGGCUCAAGCAAGCUGCUCGCAACAGUGUCAGUGCUGGAACAGACGAGACGACCCAGCGCAAGCCGUCUGAAAGUGACUCCGGAGUGAGGAACAAGGAGGCUGAAGAGUUGUUAAAUGCUACCAAGAAGUGAAACAUGAGGUGUACUACGAUUACAGCUUCGCAACACUGACGGGCAUGGCACCCGUGUCAGAUACGUCCAGGAUAGCUGCACGUGGCGGGUGACAAUUGAAAUAGCAUUAAUCAAGGAUCUGGACAGCAUUGUGUCGACACUGAGACGAUACGAUCGUAUCCGGCUCAAAUGGAAGGGGACAUUACGUUUUUCGGCCCCAGCUGUACCAAAACGGAAGGCAGUUGCGAACGACGCUCGAGCUCGGCAGGACAGAACAGGCACAUCACCUUAUCAACUUGGCACCCAACAAAGGUCAAUACAUGUAGCUUCUGCCCUUUUCACAUUGCACUGUUUCACAACGUGUCCAAUGAUGG